GUGGAAGACUGGAUCAAAUCCGAAGGGUUGACACAAGGUGACAGUUAUUCACAGAUGACCGCCGUAUGCCACUAUUUGUUCACAAUGGGUAAAAAACGGGACUACGAUUUGAUUGAAAACGGUUUGGCGAAGUUUAAUGGUAAAUGGACAACAACAAUACAAUUAGCGGCUUGCGUACGCAAUGAGCGCAUCCUGAGGAAGGCAGUUCAACAGAUCAUCGCAACUCGGAAUGCAGCUAUAUAUAACGCCGUACUACAGGUUCUGCAAAAGUGCUAA